AUGUCAGGAAAGCGUCUUCUGGAUGCUAUCCAAUUAUUCAAUGUCGCGAAAUCCGUUGCGACGAAACACCUUACGCUGCGGCAACGGCAGCUAGACACCUUUACACGGACUUCUUCCCUCACCAAGGGAAUCCAGAGACAGACUGAGGGUUUAAUACUAACAGCUCAAGCUGCAGCUGCUCUAGCAAAGCGAUUCAAUGGACCUUCUCCUUCCGAAGCUGCGCCGAAAACCCAGCCCACCAGCACGCCCGCGUCCUCCCAGGCAACGAAUGCGGAAGCCCGUUCAGGCCUCUCUCCAGACGAAGCGAAGAAAGCUCAACGACAGGCCGAAUUUCAAAUCCCGUCAUCGGCUGCGGAGCACACUGUGAACAAUGGCUCGAGUGCAUUGAAUGUCAGCGAGCAACAGGAUGUCUUUUAUCAGCGUUCUCAAGAGUCGACGCCGGGAUUAUCGGGGCUUCCUCGAGUGAAGCUGCCAAAGACCAUCAAUGACACGCAGGUGAAUGUGGAUAGCUCUCUUAAUGCGGACGUCUUCCACUCGCCUGUGAACACUGAGAAGCCUGUGUCCGAGGAAGUGUCUACCUCAGAACAGCAAGAUGUGUCGGAGGAGAUGAUGAAGGAAAUUUUCCACAGUCCCAGGGUUGCCAGAAUACUUUCCAAGAAGGCAGCCUCGGAUAUGAAGAGCCAAGAUUGGAGAGCUAAAGGCUUUUCCGAAAGUUCGGUCAGUCGAAGGUCGGCCUCGGCUCCUGUCGAGAAUAUCAAGCAAACUGAUAAGGAAGACAUGGAAAAGAUUGGGGCCAGCAUUGCUGAUGAAAUUGCCGUGAAAGAUCACCUGAUCGCAGCGGAGCUCAAGCAAAGCGAUACGUAUAAGAUGACUGAAUCUCGUGUCCCGUCGUCGCGAUUAGGUCGAUUGUGGCAAUACAGCGGACUGGCUACGUCGAUGGCCUUUGGAGCCGUGGGUGAGGGCCUGCGAAGGAUGACUGGGAGCAAAGAAGACUAUGCUGGGUCCAUAAUGUUCAGUCCUGGAAAUAUGGAGCGACUUGUGGCCAAACUCUCAAAAAUGCGAGGAGCAGCUCUCAAACUGGGGCAAAUGUUGAGUUUUCAGGAUAACAAAAUGCUUCCAGAGGCUAUUCAUCAGGUUUUGCAGCGAGUGCAAGAUCGAGCAGACUAUAUGCCAGCUUCUCAACGAGACAAAGUCUUGGCUGAUAACCUUGGGCCCAACUGGCGGGAUCUUUUCUCCACGUUCGAUGAAGUUCCAAUGGCAGCAGCUUCGAUUGGACAAGUUCAUGGAGCGGUGCUCAAGAGGACCGGCCAGCCAGUUGCCGUCAAAGUCCAGUAUCCAGGUGUUGCUGACUCCAUUGACUCCGACUUGAACAACCUUUCCAUCCUUCUGACGGCAUCUCGUCUUCUUCCGAGAGGUCUUUAUCUGGACAAGACAAUUGCAAACGCACGGACCGAGCUCGCGUGGGAAUGCGACUACAUCCGAGAAGCCGAGUGCGGCAACCGUUUCAGAGAGCUCGUAAAGGACGACCCCGUUUUCUUGGUUCCAGAGAUUAUCCCGGAGGCUUCAGGAAAGCAAGUCCUGACCAUGGAACGUCUGGAAGGCAUUGCAGUCACCAAAAUCCAUGACUUCACCCAGGCGCAACGUGACUGGAUCGGCACGCAGCUUCUACGCCUAUCCCUCCGCGAGAUCACCGAGUUCCGCUUUAUGCAGACAGAUCCCAACUGGACUAACUUCCUCUACAAUGCGAAGACCAAUAAGCUGGAACUUCUUGACUUUGGUGCUUCUCGCGAGUACCCUGUCGAAUUCAUCUCGAAAUAUAUCAGAACACUUAUCGCCGCUUCUCGCAACGACCGAGAAAGGUGCCACAGCCUCUCCAUCGAACUGGGCUACCUGACUGGUCAUGAGUCAAAGGCCAUGGUAGACGCCCACGUUUCUUCGAUUUUGACACUUGCCGAACCGUUCAUGGAUUCUUCGCCAGACGUCUACGAUUUCCGGAAUCAGACAAUCACGGACCGAGUCCGGAAUUUGAUCCCUGUUAUGAUUAGGGAGCGACUUGCACCUCCUCCCGAGGAAACCUACAGCUUGCAUCGCAAGCUCAGCGGAGCCUUCUUGCUCUGUGCGAGAUUGGGAAGCCAAGUACGAUGCAAGGAGUUGUUUGCAGACGCGGUCCAGAAGGCGGAGAAGUCUGGGCUCGACGUUGAGUCGACUCGGAAAUAG